UUUGUUUACAAGUUCACGAACGCUUUGCAUCGUCUGCUCGUCGUGGAACUCGUAGAAAUGAAGAUGAGAUGGCUCCAGCUAAAAAGUAUCUACCACCAUUUACAGCAGCUAAGACCAGUAAAUGGCAUUAACUUGAUGAAACUGACAGCACUAGAGAAUAGGACAAGGGAACUAUCUACACAUUGUCCACACCCACCAUUGUACUUAUCAUGUACACCCAGUAAUAUCUGUCCAGUACUCAGUUUUAAAUCACAGCACACACUCUGUAGACAGCUUCAUACACUAUCAUUACAAAAACAGUUCUCUGAAUAUCAAGUGAAAGGAUGUAUGAGUAUACAUUCUGGUACAUUUACUUGUAAUAAAAAAGUGGACAGGUCAAAUGUACCAACACUGAAUGAGGAAGACUUAGAAGAAAGCUUUAUUCGAGGAAGUGGUCCUGGGGGACAGAGUGUCAACAAGACAGCAAGUGCUUGCAUGUUAAAACAUACCCCAACUGGUAUUAUUGUUAAAUGUCAUGAAGACAGAAGUUUGCAUAAAAAUCGCACUACAGCUCGUAAGAUGAUGAUUGAAAAACUGGAUCAGCAUUUCAAUGGUGACAUGAGUGUUGCUGCUCAGUUGAAGAGAAUGCAGAAUGAAAAGCAAACAAAAGCACAACUAAAAGCAAAGAAAAAACAGAUGAUGAAAAAGGCAUAGAAAAGAGCGAGAAGGUUUGAAUGAAAGCUAAAUGUAUGAAUCAGUAUACAUAACUUUGCAGAUGUAAUGUAAAUUAAGAGGUGUAAAUAAUAAUUAAUGUGUGCACAUAGAAGAUGGCAUUUCUUACAAUAAUCAUCAGUACGCAGGAUUUAAUAAUAUCUUCUGCAGGUAUCACCAAGAGCUUUUGACAGGACUUUUGUUCAGUGCUAAUUGUACCUUAAGCAAUAAUCUAGGAAUAGAAUUGCUCCUAUUUUUGUUACAGCUCUUAAAAUCUGUCUGCAUCUGUACAGGUUCAGCAUCUUGUAUGAAUUCUACAAAGACAAUAAUGCCUUUUUAUACCAAAG